ACUACACAACUUCACCCAGAACACACCACCCUCAAUCACAAUGGCACCAAAGAAGAAGGUCGAGCGUGGCGCGACGGAGAACAUCUCCCUCGGCCCUCAGGUCCGCGAAGGCGAGCUCGUCUUCGGCGUCGCCCGCAUCUUCGCCUCCUUCAACGACACCUUCGUCCACGUCACCGAUCUCUCUGGCCGCGAAACCAUCUCCCGUGUCACCGGUGGAAUGAAGGUCAAGGCCGACCGUGACGAGUCCUCUCCAUACGCCGCCAUGUUGGCUGCUCAGGACGUCGCGAUCCGCUGCAAGGAGUUGGGCAUCACUGCUCUUCACGUCAAGAUCCGCGCUACCGGAGGCAACGGCACCAAGACCCCCGGCCCAGGUGCUCAGUCCGCUCUCCGCGCCCUCGCCCGCUCCGGCAUGAAGAUCGGCCGCAUCGAGGAUGUCACCCCAACCCCAUCCGAUUCCACGAGGAGAAAGGGCGGUCGCCGUGGUCGUCGUCUGUGAGCGACUCGUAUUCUUUUACGGGUGUGCUGCAGUGGUGAACAUGGACAUGGCAUGAUGAAUGGAAGAGAAGAAGCAUUUGCGGGAUGUGACACUAUCGCGGAGGACGGCAAUUAUCGCCUGGUCUCCAUUGUGCUGUUAGUCACGAAACGAAGCGAUGCGAGAUUCUGAACCAUUGUUCUUGAGGAGAAUUUCAUUUCGUUGAUGUGUGGAUGCGUGAUGUG